AAACGCCUUGAAUUGUAUAGAAAUAGGUAGGUAAAAGCGUUUUACAAAUUAUCAAAAUAAAAACAAACAUUACCCCCUUCUUACUCGUUGGGUCAUGUAAUUUUGAAAGAUUAUUUGCCAAAAAAUAUGAAUUGUUAUUAGGAAGUGUGCAUCGUUAAUUAUUAAUCAUCAACAAUAAGAAACUUUUUUAAUAUUUUAUUUCAAUGCAACCAUAAUAAAGUUAAAUUCGAGCACGGCAUAUUUUGAAAAAUGUUUUUAGUGUGUCAACUAAAUACUAGAAUUUUAUUUACAUCUAAAACUUCUUGGUCUCAAUUCCUUCACCUCCGAUUUUCUUCUGGUUAUUUCCCGACUGAAAAGAUUAAGAACUUACAGAAAGAUGUUUUGUUAUAUUCCCUGGAUAAAGUUAAAUUUCUAAAAUAUCUGUCCUUCUUUGGAGUUGGACAGUUGUUUCUUUGCGGUUAUUAUGCUAGUACAUUUUUUAGUCUCAGAAAUACUGACACAAGACACGGUGAAAAAUCUUCGUGGAGGAAUGUUAACUUAUCAAGUUUCAAGUCUAGAAUGAUUUCUGCGGCUACUUGCAUGGGGUUUGGUUUGCUUACUGCUUUUAUAUCAUAUUCAUUGCCCUAUAGAAUUGUCAAACAACUUACUUUGCACAAAGGAGGUGAUAUUGUAACCAUUUUAACAUAUGGCCCGUUUGGAAGAACUCGCCAAUUAUCUGUGCCUUUACGAAAAAUCAGCUGCAUGUGUACUCGAGAAGAAGCAAAAUCUUAUAUACCUUUCAAAAUAAAGAACAAAUCGCUAUUUUUCCUCAUUGACUGUAAAGGAAAGUUUUUACAGCCUACUUUAUAUGAUGUCAGUGUAGGCACAAAAAGUUUUAAGAUUUAGUUAAAUGCAUUAGUUAAAAUAUCCAAUAAAUAUUGAAAUUUAAUCUA